AGAAACACGUGCUUUAGUUUGCAUUCAAUGUGUGUUUUGUUUGGCUUUAAAUUGAAUUGAAUUUAAAGUGAAAAUUAUGUUAAAUCUAAACAAAAGUCUGAAAUGGAAAUCAAUUGCCAUCGAAUCCAACGAUGGCUUCACUGACAAAGACUUCGAGGGUUUAGUAGAGAUCGAAGAGUUGGACGAUUACGACAUUCAGUCACACGACCACAACAACAGUCGGACAACUGAUCCCAAACUGAAGACAAAGUCCAAAAAGGCUAAGAAAUGUAAAGUUAAUAAAAAGGAGAAACAGACGAAUGAAUUGACCGAUGAUUUAGAAGAAGAAACGCCAGAAAGAUGUGAAUCAAUGGAUUUGUGGCAAAACAUGUGUAUUCCUGAACCCAUAUUGAGAUCAUUAAGUGAUUUACGGUUUUCAAGUCCUCUGAAAUGGAAAUCAAUUGCCAUCGAAUCCAACGAUGGCUUCACCGACAAAGACUUCGAGGGUUUAGUAGAGAUCGAAGAGUUGGACGAUUACGACAUUCAGUCACACGACCACAACAACAGUCAGACAACUGAUCCCAAACUGAAGACAAAGUCUAAAAAGACUAAGAAAAGACUUGGGUAUAACUCUAGUAAUUCACUAAAUGCCAAAAGUUCAGGCACACCCAUUCAAUCCAAAGCCAUCAAAGUUGCCAUUGAAGACAGAGUAGACAUAUUGGGUGCCGCGCAGACUGGAAGUGGUAAGACAUUGGCGUUUGGCAUACCAUUAGUGACACAUAUAAUGAAUGACAAGUUGGACAACGAUGUGAGUCAACUCCGGGCUCUGGUGUUGACUCCGACCCGAGAGUUAGCCAUUCAAGUGAAGAAGCAUUUGGAGGCCAUUACUAAAUACAGUGGCGUCUCAUUGGGAGUACUCGUCGGCGGAAUGUCUGUCCAGAAACAGGAGAGGAUUCUGAAGAAAGUAAAACCCGAUAUACUUGUGGCCACUCCUGGAAGGCUAUGGGAACUGAUGGGCGACCAGUCGAACGAACACUUGACUGCAGACACUGUCUCUCGUAUGAAAUACUUGGUUAUAGACGAAGCCGACAGAAUGGCAGAGAAGGGACACUUCAAAGACUUGGUUCAACUCAUGGAUCUGUUGCGCGCCAAACGCACCCAAAGACAAACCAAAGACUGUUUGAGACGAGUUGUGAAUGUCUUAAAACUAUUAGAAGUAAAACCACUUCCUCUGCACUCAUCAAUGCCUCAGAAGCGAAGAUUAGCUAAUUUGGAGAAAUUUGAGGCCAACUCAGAGUCGGUGUUAAUCGCCAGCGAUGUGGCCGCUCGUGGUCUCGACAUUCCAUGUGUUGAUCAUGUCGUUCACUAUCAGAUCCCGAGAACUGCUGAGAUAUAUGUGCACCGAAGUGGUCGGACAGCGCGUGCUUUCAACACAGGCCUGAGUUUAAUGCUCUGCGAACCCAAAGAAGAGACCAAUUAUUACAAAGAAUUUGCCAAAACUCUUCACAAAGGAAAUCGUUUACAAGAGUUCCCAAUCGAUAAAUCACUUAUGAAGACAUUGAAACAGAGGAUAGAUUUGGCCCAAAAGUGCGAUCAAUUGGACCAUAAGAUCCGGAAAGAGAGAUCACGAGACGAUUGGUUUCGUGUGAACGCAGAGAAAUGCGAAAUUUUGAGCGACAAUUUGGCCCAAAAGUGCGACCAAUUGGACCAUAAGAUCCGGAAAGAGAGAUCACGAGACGAUUGGUUUCGUGUGAACGCAGAGAAAUGCGAAAUUUUGAGCGACAGUGAGUCCAACGAUUCCGACGACGGGAUGGACACGAACUCCAAAGACAUUCGACCGAAACGAGCCAUUGAUUUGGUUGGAGAUAAGAAACAAAAGUCGAAUAAAAAGCUCAAAACAGAUAAA